CUUGGUUCGGAUUUUACAGGGUUCCCCUCAGGAUAUUAUAAUCACUGCGGUAAGGGUCUUAGUUCAAUUCUUGGCAUACAGUACUGGUCCUCGCCCACCCCAGAGAAACCGACGACGUUAUCCUCAUCCUUACUUCUAGAACGCUGCAUAUCGUAAUCCCUACUUCUAGAACGAUACACGACUAUCAUAAUUGGUUAUUGACCGUGGUAUAUAUGGGUGAGCAAGCUCUAUAGGCGCGCCCCUAAAAGAACAAGCACAUCCUUACUGGCUCAUGAUGGAUCGAGACAUGAACUCCAGCACUAGCGCUCUCGAUGCGAACCAUCUUGAGAGGCCCUUCAGGUGCCUCGAGUGCCACUACGCAUUUAGACGCGUAGAGCAUCUCACUCGCCACGCGCGCAGCCACAGGGCGGAGCGCAACCUAGAAUGCAGCUACUGCCGCAAGAGUUUCUACCGACUCGAUGCCUUGAAGCGCCAUGAGAAAGUCCACGCUGAGCCAAAGCGUAGCCUGCUUGGGAAAGGGGAAAGAGCAUGUCUUGCCUGCGCUGCGUCGCGGAGAAAGUGCACCGGCGAUACCCCGUGCUCGGCCUGUGAGCGGCGCUCCCUCGAGUGCGAGUAUCCUGCGGCAGGCAAGAACCGACGGAGGCGUCCGGGAACGGCUCUUGAUGAGUCCUCGAAUGGUUUCAGCGCCGAGGAUGUGAUUACGAGCCCUCGUGAAUCCAUGAUGUCUUGGUCAAAUACCCCGCAGUCACCAGUUGCUGCUGGCCAUCUAACUUACCAACCAGUGCUUAGUGAUCAAGCUGGUGAAAAGCGGCCACGUUGUAGUCGAUGCAAAGGUCGAAGAUUGAGAUAUGAAUAUGGCACAACACGGCCGCGAACGAUCAGGAGCCAGAGUCCGGCGCCAAUUCAAUAUGAUGGCUAUGAGCAGUACCCUAACGAUGACUGGACCACCCAGCAAGAGAUAGUGCCUGGACACAUACAUUUCUUGGAUGAGCGAGGCUUUGAGGAACUAGAGACGACCUCAACCUAUAGUUAUGACUCGAAUGUAUUAGGAAAUACACGCUCGCCUGUAGGGGAUGAUGCGACAGAUAUUGCAAGAAGUCCAUCAUUAAGUGCCCAGGGAGAUGGUUUAUCUCGCUCACGAGUAAAUGCUGCCAUGACGGCUUGGCCAACUAUUCCUCCAAUUCUGCUUGAGCUCAGUGUGCCAGCAUUCAUGGAGUUCUCAGAGAAGAGGAAUAGAAGGGCUUUGGUUGAUUACUUUUAUAGCGUCUUCUCUCACCUUGUUGUUUUCAGCGAAGACAUAGGAAACCCAUUUCGACAGCUGAUACUUCCCCUUGCUCACAGAGGAUCUCCUGUCAUGAAUGCUAUCUAUGCUCUAUCGAGCGCACAUCUGGAGAUCAGGGGCGUUAAUACCGAGGAGAAGUCUUCAUACUUUCAUAACGAAGCCACACGAGGAUUAUCGAGGCUCAUAAAUAAUAACGAGGGAUUAAGCACAGAGGAAGUGCUUUGUGCAAUAUUGCUUCUGAUUUACUACGAAGCGCUCGUCCAACGAGACAGCUACAAUAUGGUCAUCGGUCACUUAAAAGGCGCAAUGACUGUGAUGACAACCUAUUCUCAGACAUCAAGCCCUACAAGCAUGUUUCUCCAACGCGCUUUUCGAUACUAUGAUGUUAUCACAGCACUCUCUUUUGGCACACCGCCCAUCUCGUCAGCUUCAACACCUCUUCUCCCAUUAAACAUCUUAGGAGCCACACGUCCUUCGCCCCACAACGACGUCGACUCCCUUCUAGGAAUGACCACAAAUUUUUGGCACAUCAUUCACCGCCUCUCUCUUCUCUGCGAACUAAAAGGAGAAAUACAAAAGGCAGAAGCCCGCAGUGACGCUAUGAAAGUCAUGGUCCUCCGUACAGAACUCGAGUGUACAUCUCAUGCGAUUGAAAAUUUCCUUAUACAAUGGAAGCCUUCUAUUCGAUGGCCAAGCGGACCAUCGAAAUCGGCACCUGAUGAUACAACUGAAAUAUGUAACUGUCCCAGCCCUGCUACUACUUCAUCCUCACAACAGGUCCAUUCGCCACCUCUCGGGUCAUCAGAUUGGGACUUUGACUUAUCGUCUCCAAGCAAUACCGCUAGUUGUGAUCUCACCGAUCCCGAUGCUCAUAUUUGGUCGAUUAUCAACAACGCGGAAGCAUACCGCCAGGGUGCCCUCGUCUUUCUCUAUCGCAACAUUCACAUGCUCGAGCGCUCUCACCCAAAAGUACAAAAGCACGGAUCUCUCUCUCUGGCUGCUUGCGUGCGUGUCGUCGAAUGGGCUGGUCCAAUGCCCGCGCUGUUAUGGCCAAUGUUCAUUAGUUCCGUUGAGGCAAUAAGUGAAGAGGAUCGUAGCAUUGCGACGAUGGCAUUUUCUGGGACAGAGAGGAGACAGGGAAUGCUGAAUAUUACUCGAGCGUGGGAGAUCGUUAAAGAGGUGUGGCGGAGGGGCGACGAAGGCGAGGAGGUGGAUUGGAGAACCGUUUGUAAAGAAAGGGGGGUCAAUCUCGUCUUUGGAUGA